AUGUCCGAACUUAACGAUGUGCUGCAACUGCUGAGCGAGCUUUCGGUGAACGACGGCCCUUUAGACCCGGAAACCCGUACACGCUAUGUUGAGCCUGAACCGACAACUGACGAGGUUGACCAGCUUCUUAGGAAAGAGUUCCUUACUCCCUCCAACGAUUUACCGUGGGAUUUGCUAAAUAACUUGCAAUCUGUUCCUCAUCUGGGACCAACCGACUACUCGCGCAUUUACUCGUCACUGCUGGUUUCGCCGGCACCGGUAUCUCGUACUGUGAUUAGAUCAAGACGAAGAGGCAUUGGUGGUGAAAUCUACAAGUACGAGGAAGUUUUUGAUCGCAGAUCGUUUGAGUCUAAUGAGGGAGCAGCCACAGCCAUGAAUUCUCUCUCAAUGAGGAGAAAGUUUGGCUCUAACCAGAAUGCCGCAACUGGCCAUUCCAACUUUCUGCCGUUCCAGCCUGGUGGACUUACCGAAGCAAGUUCCCAGUCAAACCAGGAGCUCUUCGGAAAACUUCACCGCGACAAAGACGGUUUGUUUGAUGUUCCACCAGGAUUCAGUAAAGGGUUGGAGACUUUUGAUACUGAGGAGAUCGAAGAUUUGCCUAUGCUACAGACGGACCUGGAAGGCGAUGAUAACUCCACUCCGGAUUCUCUCUCUGAUGAGUCCUUUGAUGAUAACACAUUGGUCUCGUUGAAAGAGACGAAAGCCUCCGGGGAAAAGGAUAUCAUUGACGAAAUAAUACCGGCAAACUCGAUAUUGGUAUCGAAGUCACACAACGUCCUGGGACCUGCGACAGCAAAGAGAGAAUGGGCUCAUGUUGUUGAGCUUUCUCACAAGAUCGAAAACUUCGAAGAACUUGUGCCCAAUAUGGCAAGAACAUGGCCUUUCGAACUAGAUACUUUCCAGCAAGAAGCAAUUUACCAUCUGGAGCAGGGAGACUCGGUGUUCGUGGCAGCACACACAUCUGCUGGUAAGACUGUGGUGGCCGAAUACGCAAUUGCCAUGGCCACCAGGAAUAUGACUAAGGCGAUAUACACCUCUCCCAUAAAGGCUUUGAGUAACCAAAAAUUCAGAGAUUUCAAGGAGACCUUCACUGAUAUUGAAAUUGGAGUUCUGACCGGUGAUGUUCAGAUCAAUCCGGAUGCAGGAUGUUUGAUCAUGACCACGGAAAUCCUGAGAAGUAUGUUGUAUCGUGGAGCCGAUUUGAUCAGAGAUGUUGAGUUUGUGAUCUUUGAUGAAGUCCAUUACGUGAACGAUGUUGAUCGUGGUGUCGUUUGGGAGGAGGUGAUUAUCAUGUUACCUGAUCACGUAAAGGUGAUCUUACUCAGUGCUACGGUCCCAAAUACUCUGGAAUUUGCAAGCUGGGUUGGAAGGACAAAGCAGAAGGACAUCUAUGUUAUUUCCACUCCUAAACGUCCCGUUCCCCUUGAAAUCUACGCAUUUGCUAAGCAAAAGAUGUUCAAGUUGAUAGAUGCAAAUAGGAAUUUUUUGAAAGAUGGUUAUGCCCAGCACGAGCAGGCGCUCACAAAGACCCCAGAGGGGUCUUCUAAAGGUGGUAACGACAGUUCCAGAGGGGCUAGAGGUGGUACUCGCGGAGGAAGAGGAGGAGCAGUUGCAAGAGGAGGAGCAAGGGGAGCAAGGGGAGGAAGAGGCGGAAACAGAGGAGGCAGUGGUCGCGGAGGACGGACUCAGUUUAUGCAAAGAGACAAUCCUAACAAGAAUUCGUGGACGCAAUUGGUCCAGCACUUAAAGACCAAAGAUUUGUUGCCGGCUGUGAUCUUUGUGUUCUCAAAAAAGAGGUGCGAAGAAUAUGCCGACACUCUGCGCUCCCAAGACUUCUGUACUGCAAAAGAAAAGUCUGAAAUUCACGUUUUCAUUACAAAAUCGAUCAGCAGACUCAAGAAAGAAGAUAGAGAACUUCCGCAGAUCUUGAAGGUAAAGGAGAUGCUGAGCAGAGGAAUCGGAUUACACCAUGGUGGUCUUUUGCCAAUAGUGAAGGAAUUUAUCGAGAUUUUGUUUGCCAGAGGGCUGCUCAAGGUUCUUUUCGUGACAGAGACCUUUGCAAUGGGACUGAACCUUCCAACUCGUACCGUGGUUUUCAGUGAACUGAGGAAGCAUGACGGCACUGGGUUUAGAGACUUAUUGCCUGGUGAGUUCACUCAGAUGUCAGGCCGUGCAGGUCGCCGUGGAUUGGAUAAAAUAGGGACGGUGAUAGUGAUGGCCUAUAAUCUUCCAAUUGAACAAAACAGUUUCAGAGAUGUGGCAUUGGGAACUCCAACGAAGUUGGUAUCCCAAUUCAGACUGACCUACAACAUGAUUCUGAAUUUGGUGCGUAUUGAAGCAUUGAAGGUGGAAGAGAUGAUCAAGCGAAGUUUUAGUGAAGAUGCUACUCAAAGUUUACUUCCUGAGCAUCAAAAGACAGCGACGAAACUGGAAGUUCAGCUUGAAAAGUUUCCCGAGGUUCACUGCGAUCUAUGCGAUGCAGGAUCGUUUACAGAAGUUUUCAAGCUUCGAGACGAGUAUCUCAAGAACUACAGGUCCCUCAUUAGAAACUCAAUGGACUCAGCAUAUCAUAUGCGGAAGAUGAAACGUGGGCGCUUGAUCUUUGUGAGAGAGAAGACGGGAUCGUCGGAGCCGGCGAUCAUUGUGAGAUCAGAUAUAAACACCAAGACUCUGACUGUGCUGGCAAUAACAGGCGGAAACGGUCAGAAGUAUCCUAAGAAGAAGAAGUUGAAGGAUGUCCUUCAGCUGCCCUUCAUGGAUUUGGCUGUUGAUGGCGAACAGGAUGACGAAGAGGAUGAAGAGGACGAAGAGGAAGAUGACAUCCAGUCCGAGACUGAUGACACAGAGGAUAUAGGCUCACCUAUUUCUGCCUUGAGAAACUUGGAGAACAGAUUUGUUCCGGAACUUUUCAAAGAUUUGACCAACAUAUUUGGAGGGUAUAAUCGCCUGUUUUUCACCAGGGUUGAGAUGGAUCAGGUGGACUUUGUUUCAAAUGUUGAAGUCAAGACGAGAGUAGAUAAGAUCGUUGAGUUGCAUGACCCCAAAGAGCUUGAUUUGAUUAAGAAAGAACUUGGUCCAGUAUUUGAGAAGCAAAAAUCGUGGAGAGCACUUGGCUUCAACAUGUUGACCCCAGAAAUGUCUGACAGUCUUCAGAAGACGCAGGAGUCAAAGGCCAAGCUUUUGAGUGCGUUGGAAAGCAUUUUGGUGGCCAGAGAUAAAUGCUCUCAAGUGAUCGAACACCUAGAGAAGUACGAGGAAAAGUACAGACUGGAGCAAGAACUGCAAUCUAUUCAGAAUUUAAUCUCUGACGACAACCUGGAUUUACUCCCAGACUAUGAACAGAGAUUGAGGGUGCUCAAAUACCUGGAUUACAUCAAUCUGGAUACCACGUUUGAGUCCCCAGAAGAGGAUGCAGGAGACGAGCUAUACUCAUCGAGACUUACAAUCACUUUAAAGGGCAGAGUUGCGUGCGAGGUGAACCAGGGCUGGGAGUUGGUGGUGACGGAACUGGUGCUGGCCAACUUCCUUGGUGAUCUAGACCCUGAAGAGCUGGUGGCCUUACUUUCUGUGUUUGUGUACGAGGGAAAGAGAAAGCCCAAGGGCAAGGCUGAAGAAGAACUUUCUGUGCCCAACGCUCUGACUCCCAGAUUGACAAGAGGACAGGAGAAGAUUGUGGAGAUCAUGAAAAAGGUUCUGGGCGUUUAUUCACAAUUCCAAGUGAAUCUUACACCGGACGAAGAGUCGUUUCUGGAAUCAAACAGAUUCGGUUUGGUCAACGUGGUAUAUCAAUGGGCCAAAGGAUUAUCUUUCAAGGAGAUUAUGGAACUUGAGAACCAAGAAGUCCAGGAGAGUGAGGGAACAAUCGUCCGCGUCAUUUCCCGCCUAGACGAGAUCUGCAGAGAUGUGAGAAAUGCCGCUCUCAUCAUUGGUGACUCGCAGCUUCAUUUCAAGAUGGAAGAGGCACAGGAGAAAAUCAAGAGAGACAUUGUGUUCUGUGCUUCUCUGUAUCUUUGA